AUUGGAGGGGCGCUGACACUCCUAGGAGGUCACGCGUAGGCGGGGCGAUUUACGCGGAAGUCAGCGGCGUCCGGUCCCAGCCUGCUCUGGGAGCGCGAAGUCGGCGACCCUGCGCUGGCCGGUGCUCCUUGGCCCCGAGCCUGCGCGCCCUCCGUGGGUGCCCGGACAGAUUAAAGCCAUGGCCAUUCUUUUUGCUGUUGUUGCCAGGGGGACCACUAUCCUUGCCAAACAUGCCUGGUGUGGAGGAAACUUCCUGGAGGUGACAGAGCAGAUUCUGGCUAAGAUACCUUCUGAAAAUAACAAACUAACGUACUCACAUGGCAAUUAUUUGUUUCAUUACAUCUGCCAAGACAGGAUUAUAUAUCUUUGUAUCACUGAUGAUGAUUUUGAACGUUCUCGAGCCUUCAGUUUUCUGAAUGAGAUAAAGAAGAGGUUCCAGACUACUUAUGGUUCAAGAGCACAGACAGCACUUCCAUAUGCCAUGAAUAGCGAGUUCUCAAGUGUCUUGGCUGCACAGCUGAAGCAUCACUCCGAGAAUAAGGGCCUAGAUAAAGUGAUGGAGACUCAAGCCCAAGUGGAUGAACUGAAAGGAAUCAUGGUCAGAAACAUAGAUCUGGUAGCUCAGCGGGGAGAAAGAUUGGAAUUAUUGAUAGACAAAACAGAAAAUCUUGUGGAUUCUUCUGUCACCUUUAAAACUACUAGCAGAAAUCUUGCACGAGCCAUGUGUAUGAAGAAUCUCAAGCUCACUAUCAUCAUCAUCAUUGUAUCAAUUGUGUUCAUCUAUAUUAUUGUGUCACCUCUCUGUGGUGGAUUUACAUGGCCAAGCUGUGUGAAGAAAUAAGAAAAAAAAGUUAUAAUUAACCAAGAAUAUGAGAGAACAAGGAGUAAAAAGCAAUUCAUGUGACUCAGCCUUUCACUACUGACAGAUGGAGUCUGCCAGUCUCUUCAAUCCUCUUCUUACCUUUUCUUUUUUAAAAAUCUUGUUCUAAGCCUCCAGAUUUAUCUUUGUCCUAUCAACCAAUUUAUUCCAGUGAACUUCAGAUUUAACCAUCAUUGCAACAGUAGCCUUAAAAAGGCUUUUGUUUGUUUCUUUGGUUCGUUAACUAGUGUCAUUUUUGUUUUUAAUUGUACAAAGCUAUUGCCAAGAUGGAAACCACCAGUCUUAUGAGUUGUCUACUAAAAUUAUGGAGAAACUUCCAUGUGCACACAAAAGUAUUCAUGAAACAAAUAGUACUGCUAACACCUCAUCUUAAUGUCUUUUGUUAUUGAAAAGUUUUAGGUGCUUCAAAACAAUAUAAAUGGAGAAUAGUUAUUUUGUGGAUUGGUGGUGCUGCUUGUUUCUAGGAGCUCAGACAGGUAAAGUAUGAAACAUUCUUAUAUCAGUCAGAUGGGAAACAUUUUGCUAGCCUAUUAGAAGCACACAUAAUUAUCCUUGUCCUCCUAGUACUCACUGUGGAAAUGAAGUUCAGUGUGCUAAUCAUUCACAAUACAGUGGAUAGCUUGAUAUCCUCUGUUUUCCCAUUGCAGUUGAUUGGAGAAGAUGAUGGUUUAAAUAUUGUUGUAAGUUGUGGUUUUUUAUAUAUUCCCUUUUCUUUUGUGGAUAUUUAGGGCAAUUUUAUUGCUAAUAGAAUGGGUAGUGGAGGGGGUGGGGAAACAAAUUCUUCUGACUCACCAAAGAAAAAGAAGAGAACCACAGUGGAUGUGCUAGCAUUUUAACUGUACAAAUGGAGGUAGUGUGGGAAAAUUUUUCCAUUAUGGGAAAAACCCAAACUGAAUACAGUCAGCAGUCAACUCCAGGUUUUAGGUUUGACUCCUGUUGAAUAAUAGCUUAAACAUCCUUUGUGGUUUAAUAAAUUCUUUAAUCUGCCUAGUUUUGAAGAAUUAUUUUGUGAAACUUGAAAGAGAAUAGACAAUAUGGUGUAUAGAAAUAAUAUAAAACAGUUUAAUAUCCAUUUAACUGCAGUGUAAGAAAACUGGACUGUAAUCAUACUGCUUCAGCUACUCUGGCAUUUGUUAUCUAGUGUGUACUUUCGGUGUGUAUCUGAAAGGAAGACAUUUGCUGUCAUAAAUCUAAUUGCAUCUGUUUAUCAGUAAGUGCCAUUAAAUGGAAAUUAUAUUACAUUUUACUCUUUCCCAAUGAAAGAACAAAUUCAUCUAUAGAACCUAGCCACCUGUUUAGCCUAGUCAUGUGCCUUGAAUAUAUGUGUCUCAUAAUCUAGCUCAUGGUACUUGUACUUCCAUCUAAACCAUUCGUUUAUGCUACCUUUUUAAUUUAUCUGACAUGUGUCUUAGGCCCACUGAACUCUUUUCAUGUUACUCUUGCAUAGCACAAACAUUUUUCCAGUCUUCUUUAUCAACACUAAUGCCUUGUAAUUGCAUCAGCAUUUCCUAUUGGGAAGUACAUUUGUUCCAGAAAAACAUUUGGCAUUCCUAAAUAAUUUCCAAAUGUUUUUAACACAAAGAAAAAGGCUUAAAGCUUAUUUCCCUUUCUUGUACACACCUGAAUAAAAUUGAUGUGCAUGUUUUAGGAAUGACCUAACUGUUCCUUCGUCUAUUUAUGUAUAAGAAUGCUUUUUAAAGCACAUAUCUCGUUUUAAAUGGCACACAAACUGAAGACAUUAAUAAAAUUUAAGAGUAAUAAGAA